AUGGACAAAUCAACUGAGAUCACAGAGGGCAUACUCAAACUCACACUGGAGAUUAUCUACGUACUGACUGGCGAGGAUUACAUGCUUGUGAAGAAGUCUAUAAACCAUGUCACACCCAGCAGUGACCCUCAGCUGUCACAAGGAUUAUCCCAGAACCAAAUUCCUAUCAUGGAGCUGCUACCUUCAUUGCUGGUGCAGAAGAAAAAGAAUGAGAAGAUCCUAGACCUCACAAACAAGAUCAUUCAACUUCUGACUGGAGAGGUGCCUGUAAGAUACGAGGACAUCAGUGUUUGUUUCUCAAUGGAAGAAUGGGAGUAUGUAGAAAGACACAAGGAUCUCUACAAAGACUAUAUGAUGGAACCUCACCAGACUUCUUUAGAUGAUAACUGUCGUGAUACUGUUCCAAGAGAACUGUGUACCAACAACAAUCCUUCGAGCAUCCCUACUAAGAAACCUGAAAGUCACAUUCAAAAGCCAACCAAAGUAAAUGCUCGAAGAUCAAAGCGAUUUUCUAAGGGGAAUCAUAAAUUGGUUAUAAAGAAGAGUCCACAUUCAAAAUGUUGCCCAUUAGUUUCAGACAAUUCUUUGGACAAUAAAAAUAAACAGACAGAUGUGAAAUACAUGACAGUUAAGGAAGACUCAAGAAGCUUGUGUAAAAGGGAACUCCAGGAUGAUGCAACAAAACAUCCACCAAUGGAACGGACCUCCAUAAGGUCUGAGGAGUCCCCAACCUCACAAGAAGACAACCUCACAAAUUCUGAUGACAGUUUACAGGAUGCACCUGAGGCUGAGGCCACAAACCAGAAAGAAAAGCAUCCUAAAAUCAGUUGCAACCAAUGUAGUAAACAGUUCAAUCGUAAAUCUGCUUUCAUAGCCCACUACAAGACUCACACUGAGCCCAGCAGCUACACCUGUAAUGACUGUGGGAAAUCUUUUACAAAGAAAUGGAGCUAUAUUGUCCAUCGAAGAAGUCACACUGGAGAAAAAUUAUUCCCCUGUUCUGAAUGUAAUAAGUCUUUCACCUGCAGGUCUUAUCUGAUCAGGCAUCAGAUGAUUCACACUGGAAAGAAACCCUAUUUGUGUAAAGAAUGUGGAAGGCGGUUUCUUGGUAGCUCACACUUGACAAGACAUUUAAGACUGCACACUGGGGAAAAACCAUUCUCUUGCAUGGAGUGUGGUAAGUGUUUCACAGACAAGGCCAGCUCUCUGAAGCAUCAGCAAGUACACACUGGAGAGAAACCAUUUGCUUGUUCAGAAUGUGGAAAAUGUUUUGCCAGUAAAGGGAGCAUUGUUGUGCAUCAACGCACUCAUACAGGGGAGCAGCCAUAUUCAUGUGCUGAAUGCAACAGACGCUUUACAAAUAAGGUGAAUCUUGUCAGCCACAUGAGGUCCCACACAGGUGAGAGGCCAUUUUCAUGUUUGGAAUGUGGCAAGAGUUUUGUGUUUAAUGCCCAGCUCAUUGUUCACCAAAGGACACACACUGGUGAAAAGCCCUUUGCCUGUACAUACUGUGAGGCAAAAUUUUCCAGUAAACCAAACCUUGUUAAACAUGUGUGGAUUCAUACUGGGGAGAAGCCAUUCCCAUGCACACAAUGUGACAAGCAUUUCAGAAGAAAGUCACAUCUAGCUGUGCAUAUUAAGACUCACAGCACAGCUUCUGCUUAUUCUUGUGAUAAGUGUGGAAAGUGCUUUCGAUUUAAGGGUUUUCUGGACAGACAUGUCAAAAUUCAUGAAAUAUAG